CGAACCGUCUGUUUAGUUAAAUAGUGCUUAUAAGUAAAUGUAUACAUACAAUUUAGCCAUGUAGGAGAAUAGUAUGACUUUUAUUAUAUAUGUGACUAUAUCUCAUUGCUGUUUUGCUUUACUCCUGAAUAUAUUCAAAGUUGGAUAAAUACGAGAAACUUGAGCUAUCUCUCUUUUAUUAUUCUUUUUGUUCAAUCAUAUCACAAUGGUCAAAGAUGCUUUUUUAAUUGGCUUAGGAGCCCUUGUGUUAACUGUUCAAGGACAAGAAGCUACUACUACCAAAAUCAUGAACAUACCUACUGAUUUUCCUUUGGCUAUUCCUACAGCAAUCCCUUCAGAAAUAAUAGCUUCUAUUAGUAAUUUAGUGAAUAAUCCUGCCAGUAUACAAUCUUAUGUUGCUCAGGCUUCUGCACAAAUCAGUAAUCUCCCCUCGCAGUAUCAAGCAUCUGCUUAUAGUAUAUUAUCGAAAGUAAGUCAGUCUAUUGCAGCUGCAAAACCAAAAAACACAGACAGCCAUAAGCCACCCACUUCAUCCUAUGCAUAUCAAUCAUUUCAACCCAUAUCUCUUAUCGGGGCACUUGUCAUUACCACUUUUAUUGCCUCGCUCAUGUAAUAAACAACACGAAAUGACGUUUACUUAACAAGCAGCUAACAAGAAAAGAAAGUCAUAAUGAUUGUAUAUAUACACACACAUCUAGAUACAUUCAAAUGCAUUAUUUGGAAGACUUUUGUUUUGUUUGUA